CUGGGGAGGCGGGGCCCGGUGCCUGGGAGCAGCCCAUAUGGCUGACGGUCCCCAGUCUCGAACCAGCGGGGGAGUCGGAUCCGAGCUCUGGCCGAGGUGCUCGGUUGCUCUCUCUGCCUGAUGGCCAGCUCCCGCCCGGAUCCUGAGCCCGAAUCCGUGUUCCCUCGGGAGGUCCGGCUCUUCACCGACUCUUACUCAGAGAGCAGCCGGUUCUGCUUCUGUGGGCACGAGCUGAGCAUCACGCAAAACUUUGGGUCGCGCCUUGGGGUGGCGGCACGCGUGUGGGAUGCGGCUUUGAGCCUGUGUCACUUUUUCGAGAGUCAGAAUGUGGAUUUUCGAGGCAAGACGGUGAUCGAACUGGGCGCUGGGACGGGCAUCGUGGGAAUCCUGGCGGCGCUGCAGGGGGGGGAUGUUACCAUCACUGAUUUACCACUGGCCUUAGAGCAGAUCCAGGAUAAUGUCCACGCUAAUGUGCCAUCUGGAGGCCGGGUGAAGGUGUGUGCCUUGUCCUGGGGAAUUGACCAGCAUGGCUUUCCUGGAAACUAUGACUUAGUGCUGGGGGCAGAUAUCGUGUACCUGGAACCUACUUUCCCACUGCUGUUGGGGACCCUCCAACACCUGUGUGGGCCCCAUGGCACCAUCUAUCUGGCUUCCAAGAUGAGAGAGGAGCAUGGAACAGAGAGCUUUUUUCAGCACUUCCUCCCCCAGCACUUCCAACUGGAGCUGGCCCAGCGGGAUGAGGACGCGAAUGUCAACAUCUAUAGGGCCAGACACAGGGAAGUGAGACCUGCCGGACAUCACCCCUUCUGUUGACCUCAGCCCCCGUCUCAGUGGAGGAAUGGCCUGUCUCCAGACCCAUAAACAUCAGGACAAAAGAAAAGGAUGGAUUGUCUGUCUUCUUUCUCCCCCUCUAGCAAUUUGUUCCCCUAGAUAUUCCUGGGAAGGCUCUGUUAAAAAAUUAGCAGAGCCCUAGAAGCAUUGAGUUUAAAGCCCAACACUUGUCUUCAGCAGAGGAGGAUGAGAAGGUAUUCAGGAUAUUUAGGGAAAAGGGAAGAAGCAGGGUAUGAAUACUGGCUACAGAGAGGCUGUCACUGAUCACUUCCAAUGUUUUAAACAGAAUGGACUUUUUGUUUGUUUGUAUUUUGAGACAGGGUUUCUCUGUGUAGCUUUGGCUGUCCUGGAAUUCUGUAGACCAGGCUGGCCUCAAACUCAGAGAUCCAUCUGCCUUUGCCUCCUGAGGGCUGGGGUUAAAGAUGUCAUUACCCUGGCUUCAGAAUGGAGUUUUAAAAAAAGCACAUUCUUGGCCAGGGGUGGUGGCACACACCUUUAACCCCAGAACUCAAGAGGCAGAGACAGGCGGAUCUCUGGGAGUUCAAGACCAGCCAGAACUAUAUAUUGAGACCCACACACAAGAAAGUCGAAACCAAAACCAAAAAACAUCCUUUAACAUUUUUUUAAGGGUGAGAAAAAAAAGAGCAUUAAUCAUGUCUUCACACCCCCAAACAUGUAGCUAUUGAGGGAGAGCUGGUACCAAGACACCUCAGAGCACCUGUGUCUUGCCUGUUGUAAGAAGACUCUAAGACAAGUCCUCCUAGACCUGAGUCUGGGGACAAACACCAGAGCUGUCCCUUUGGGCUGUGGCUUCUUCAUCCUUUGCAAAGUUCAAGGCCUGAUCACAGAAUAUCGUGUACCCAACUCUGGCUUGAGUUCUAGGUUCUUCUGACCUCUUCCAAGUUCAGUUUCCCUUCCUAACUUGUUUUACCCUCACAUCUCAUCUCUUCCCUCAGAGCUGUCUGGGUAGGGCUCUUUUCACUUACUGUUUAGGCACACAGUUGUCUCUGGUGUGUCCACCACCACUUUCUUAACCUCCAAACCAUUCUUCAAAUUCUUGCAGCCUUCCAAAACCUGCUGGAUUUAGUUUCUACUGCAAGAAGGAACGUGUCAGCUUGGUACUCAGGCUACACCGGUGUGCUCACAAACUACUUUGUAUUUCAUUUCCAACUCCUCUUGUACUGCACUUUUAGCCAUGCCAAAGUCCUACUCUUUGUUCCCUUCCCCUAACUCCAUAGCAGCAUUCCUUUCCUUUUCCCAUCUUCUGAUGAAUUCCCUUAAAAUUCACUCUUUACUUCUGGAAAAACAAAAAAAGCUCCUUUUCCUGACUCUUCUGUUUGGAUGUGAUUUCCUUCUUUGGGAGCUCUUUUAACUAUUUAGGAACCUUAUCUCGUCUUACCUGAUUCUUAUUUCCUCACCAAUAGAUAACCUCGGAGCACAGGGCUGUGGUUUAUUCAUCACUAUCUCCCUGAAACUGGCAGCAGCUCCGGGCACACAGGUGUUCAGCAGAUACUUUUGCUAAUUCAGUAAUUAUUUAUUCAUUUUGUUGAAGGACCUCCAGUUCACCUCUCCAGGUGACCUUGUACGGCUUCCUGAGCCCACCUACCUACCUACUUUUGACUCCCGUUUGUUCUGAGUCAUAAAUGAGUACUCAAUGUGGAAGUACACUGGAAAUAAAGAAACAUAAAAUAUUA